GACAAUCUGGCAGCGAUACAAGAAGAAGUCCUCCCUCCCGCGGGUUUGUUUACCUUGGGAUCUCCAACGGCACCUGUACAGCAAGAGCAAGAGCAAGAACCCGCCCAGUCACCGGCCUAUCCUCUAAAUGCCGGUUAUAGUGCAAAGAUGACAGCUGUAAGGAGGUGAGGGAGCGGCUGCCGGCAAGUGACCAGUGACAAGCACACCCAUUCCCAAGUGUCCGGCAACAAAAUAUAAAAGUAGCUGCGUGAGGAAGGAAGGUUCAGCUGCGUCAGUGCUGUGGUCACAAUGGUGUUCUACUGCCAGCGUCACUGUUAUGAGACCAAGUACACAACGAAGGUGGUGUCCUGUAAGCCGGCCAAGCUUGAUGUAGUGGUGGAUGGGAAGAAGAAAAAGGUGGAAUGUUUUGAGGUUGUCUUUGAGGACACCAUUUUCUUCCCUGAAGGUGGAGGACAGCCUGAUGACCGAGGGCUGGCUGGCGGCGUGGCAGUGCUGCGUGUGGAGCGCCGCAAAGGCGAGGCGGCGCACUACCUGGCGGAGCCCUUAGAGGAAGGUGCGUCUGUCACUCAGGAGGUGGACUGGACGCGCCGCCACGACCACAUGCAGCAACACUCCGCUCAGCACCUUGUGACGGCCGUGGCUGAUGACAUGUACGGAUAUGCCACAACAUCGUGGUACUUGGCCGAGGCAGUCUCCCACAUUGAGCUCAACACGGACAGGAUGACUGAGGAGGAAGUGGCCAAAGUGGAAGAAGUUGCCAACCAAAAGAUCCGUGAAGCCACUCCCGUCAGCAUCAGAGAGUUUGAGGCUUCUGAUCCAAACUUAAAAAAGAUCCGCACCCGAGGGCUGCCGGAGGACGUGGUGGGGCCGGUCCGUGUGGUCAGCAUUGAGGGCGUGGACGCCAACAUGUGCUGCGGCACCCACGUCAGAAAUCUUGCAGAUCUGCAGGCGGUGAAGCUGCUGCGCACGGAGAAGGGCAAGGCUGGCCGCACCCUGCUCUUCUUUGUGGCAGGAAACAGACUUCUGAGGUACUUUGGGGAGUGUGUGAGCCGGGAGCGCCAACUGAACACCCUCCUGCACUCCAGCGCGGCCGAUCACAUCCGACUGGUGGAGAAGAACCAAAAAGACCUCAAAACGGCUCAGAAGUCCAUCAAGGAAGCUCUCAAGGACAUUGCAGUGUUUGAGGCAAAGACCUUUCUGGCCCAAGACCCGAGGCCGCCCGUCUUCUUCCACCACCGCCGGGACGGGGACACCGACUACCUCAACGCCAUCGUCAAUGAGAUGAAUGAUGAGAGCAUCCUGAAGGUGCUCACUGCCGGGGAGGACAAGGGCCGAGGGAACCUGUUGGUGCACGGGCCUCCUGCCCUGGUGGCUCAGCUGGGGCCCAGGAUUUGUGAGCUUCUGGAGGGCCGUGGAGGGGGAAAGACACGCUUUUCAGGGAAGGUAGCACGGCUGGGAAGGCGGAAGGAAGCUGAGAAGUAUGUCAUGAGUGUCCUGAACGGCCCCACCGCCGAGACAGAGGCUGCAGGGGAUGGCCGCUGCGAGUAGCAUACAGGGAAUAGGUAAGAGAUAGUUACCACAUUAAAACGUUGAUUGUUUUUUAUUAAUUUACCAGUCAAAUAAAAAGAUGUUGGAAGGUCUA